UGACACCGCUUGUUUUACCUGGACAGGACCUAGCAUCGCCCCUGUGGAUGAACGGGUUCGUCCUGCAGUAAACUCACAUUUGUUUGGUUAUUUUUUAGUUGCGGUUUUUACAUUGUUAUCGAUACGCCGGAGAAAUGGCCGACUGGAAGCCGCAGAUUAGCUACAACUAUAACCCCUCUUACCACGCAUACGCUUACGGCCUCGUUUACCAACCCGGGCCGGAGCAGAACCACGGGAAUACGGCCAGCUGGGGAGAAGCGCCCGGAGUCACGGAUUUGGGCAACUACAACGCCGGGGUCAGCCCAGCCUACUUCGCCUCCACCCCCCGGACUCGGGAGGAGUCUCCACCCGGCAGCCCGGGGCAGCACGCCAUGAGCGGCCACGGUCACUACCAGGGCUCCGAGGCGGUUUACCUGGGCGACUCCCAAGCAGGCCGUCUGCUGCUGGCCGAACCCCACCGGCCUGAGUACGAUACCCGGCCACAUGUGGUCAGGCGGGCCGGGAGCAACACCGCCAGUGACUCGGAGACUCACACCUCACCAGAUUCCUGGAGUUCUGGGAGCAGCAGAGAAGGAAGUGUCCCCCAGGCUGACCCUGCUACAUGGGCAAAGAAAGAGCUGGAGGAAGAAGCGAUCUGUAGGAGCCCUGAUGCCAGAGAGGAUGUUUCCAGCUCUGUCAUGGAGGAGCCCAGAACUGUUCCUGUCAAUGGGAACAUGUGCACCAACGAUACCCAAAAUGCACCCUUAAUUGUCCCAACGAAGGCUUCGGCUGUAAAUACCCCUAAAGGAAAGGUCCGCUCUGCCUUCUCUGAGAGUCAGAUGAAUGCUCUUGUCCAGCGCUUUAGUGUUCAGAGGUACCUCACACCGGUGGAGAUGAAGAAUGUUGCAGAACUGACUGGGUUGUCCUACAAACAGGUUAAGACUUGGUUUCAGAACCGAAGGAUGAAGCUCAGGAGGCACCAGAAGGACACGAGCUGGGUGUCGGAGCGCUACAACAGAAACAGCCCUACUCGUGGACCCAUGUACACCAAUAUGCCACCACACAUCCCACCUUAUCAGGGAGAAGCCCGGCCCCAGCUGAAGGAGCAUUACAAUCAGCGCAUGAUGGAGACGUCUUUUAAAAAGGCGGCUCCUCAGAACCUCGCCCUCUAUCUGGCCGCCAUUAACUCUGUUGCUGGAGCUGCUGGAUACCCUCCCUGGGCCUCAGGCUCGUCCCAGACCGCAGUGCCCCCCAGGCCCCAGGCCUGGUCCAUGCCUCCAGGAGUCAACCACUAUGAAUACAACAACAUGGCAUUCAACUCAGCCAGCGCCGCCCCUGCAAAUAACACUGGACAUGACACGCGAUUCGAAAGCAAAGACGGGGACACCCGCGGCACAGCCAUGGUGUACCACGGCCAGUAGUUGUUGUUGGGUUGAUGAGUUCGAGCUUUUUCUGUAAUAUUUACCCAACAGCCCUGUUUAUAUUCCAUUUCACUGGGAUUGAAGUCUUUUUUGCAUGGUCGAGUGUACAUAUACCCAAUCAAAAGUAUUUUUACCAAUUCGUUUUAUUUUUGAUAUGCAACUAUUUAAUGUUGGUGUGUUCUUUGCGCUUGGUGGUGUUGGAUGCAUUCUUGGAUCACGUUGUUUUUUUUAUAACAAUUUUUAAAGCAAAGUACUGAAAGAUAUCUGCUGUGCACACACUUUUUUAUAAAAGCCAGUUUCACUCCAGUAACUUUGCUGACAUUUUUUGACAAACUGUGAUUACUUUUUUAUUUUGUAAUUGAAUCAUAUAUGGCUAAAUGGGGAAAUCCUUCAUAUGCAAGACACCAGGACUCAAACUUGCAAUAAUGUAAAAAAAAAAGGAUAGCAACUACAAAUGUAGCAUUUUCUGUGAUCAUAAAGAUGUUCAAAUUGGCUUCUCUAAAUGUACAAGGAUAUAAAACCCAUGAAAAAAAAUCCUGAAUUUCUUGCUGGCACUGUGUUAAAAGCAUUUUUAUUGAAAAGACUAUUUACAUCAGAACCAAAACCAGUCAAUGGUGACCAUAACAUACAAUGUUGCUCCCAUCACCAACUUUCUUCUAAACUGCAUUCCUCUUAUCCUCUGGGCCAUGUGGAGCUUGACAGGUGACUUGCAAAACUAUUAUUCCAAUAUGUAAAUUGACUGUUGAUACUGUGUGUGGGUGAAGUAUAAUUGCAUGUAACACCGGCACUGCUGCAUUUUUAAUAAAACUACAGUAUGAGA